AUGGCGUGGUAUUCUCUUCUCCCGGCGCAAUUGACGGUGUACGAAACAUGGAUUGUACGUGCAUUUCUGAUUCUGGCGUUCAUAAACAUGGCCCCUUGGCUCCUCGCCAUCCUCUACGACGUCCUGUACUACAUUGGCCGCCGGAUCUGGCAUGAAAUACCUGUUUGGGGCGGACGGGCCAGGGGAGAACACCGACCGAGAGCACCCAGCCUUCGUGACCGGGCGAGGAGGGUGAGUUUUAGAGAUCUCAUGAGCGGCGGUAUUGGGAUGGGCACGGGUCGGGCAGAGCAGGAUGAUCAGCUCGGGAAUGACAAGAGCAAGGGCCAAAAGGGACACAGAAGGGGGCUAAGUGCGCAGAGUAUAGAAGAAGAGAAAGAUGAGGAGAUGGAGGAUGAGGAGGACCGCAGGACAUGA